AUGGGUUGGUAUGUCAGUAACGAAAACUAUUUGAACGUACAAAAAGACAAAAAAGAAAAACGGAAUCACAACAUUGAUUUUAAUAAUACAUUAUACAAUAUUAAACAGGCCGAUUCUGAAAAAUGCUCCAAUUGCUGUAGUUUACCCGUUUAUGAACUAAUAUCUUUACUGAUAGAAUAUUCUGAGCAACGAAAUGUAAACACAUACAAAGAACCUCCUGUUGACCAUGGAGCAGACACAGAGGAAGACAGUGAUAAAUCAGAUGAUAAACAUUAUGGCGACAAAAAUCAUUUAUGUCGUGGUAUACUAAAACAAAAUUGUGAAAUAAUUCAGGGAGAAAAUAAUUUCGAUGGCAUACAGGAAUCUUUACCAGAGCAAUUGUUCGCUCAACCUCAGUUUAAUGAUUUAUACAAUGCCAGCACUAGCCAGUGGCGUCCAAAGAUGAAAAAAAAAAAGAAGAUUCACAGAUGGACAGAUAAUAAUAUUAAAGAAAUCAUGGUCUCUGAGAAUGUAUCAGUGGAAGACAUUACAACAGAACUGAUGGAAGAGGAGGCCUUUAGAGAAUAUAUCAUUAAGUAUAAAGCAGAAUGCGAGUACGUGAUACAGAAUAUGGAAGGAUAA